CAAAAAUGAGAAAGAUGAGGGCUUCAGCCACCGAUUUCGUCCAAAGUGAUCCGCUGAGGUAGACCUACUCUUGUCGCCUCUGCGUUUUACAAAUCCAGGUUUGGCCAACAAAAACGUUUGGGUGAAGGUCUAAAACAUAUGGGUGCCCAUAAUAUACUCCACCCUUUUAGCAAGUAGAUGGUAACAGGGGGUGCGUGUCGCGUGAUCAGUCUGCACUCCGCCAUUUCUGUCUCUGCGCCAUGGAUACGACGGGUGUUAGAUGAAAUUUAGUACGGCAGGGGAGGAGAGAGAAACUAUAGCUCAUCUACCCAAAACCCAUAGAGAGAGAAAGAGGGGGGAAGAGAGAGAUGAAGAGCAAGGGCAUGGGCAGUAGUGGGAAGAAGAGAGGGGGAGGGUCGGGAAAGGUGAGCCUUGGCCCUGGCCAGGUUGGUGUUGGUGUUGGUGUUGGUGUUGGUGUUGGUGGUGGGGGUGGUGGUGGUGGUGGUGAUGGAGAGGGGGAGAGGGAAGUUUCGAAGGUGAAGCUCGAUGAUGGGUUUUAUGAGAUUGAGGACAUCAGAAAGAAAAGGAUACGCAAGGGCCAACUUCAAUACCUUAUCAAAUGGCGUGGGUGGCCUGAGACUGCUAACACGUGGGAGCCCGUUGAGAACGUCCAGACCUGCGCAGAUGUUAUUGAAGCCUUCGAAGAGAGGUGCUCAAGGCCUCUUAAGAAACGGAAGCGCAAGUCUGGUUUAUCUCUGUCACUAGGGAAGAAGAAGCGUAGCAGUGGCUUCUCAAUUGGGAUUGAAGCAUCAGCAUCUCAGCCCACUUCUCCUGACGAUCAAGCUACAGAUCCCCCCUCUGUGGAUGCUCAAACUGACGAAGGUACAGGAGAGGAAGAAGAGGAAGACAAUGAGGAAGUGGCCAAGCAACCAAAUGGUUCCAAUAUCAAUGGUGUUGAAGUUAAUGAGUUAAACAUCACACCCACCCACCCCAGUGCUCAUGAAGAGAAGAAGGACCCAAAUAUCAACAAGGAGCAAGGUUCAGGUGAAGUUGCUUCACUUGCUCCUAAUGGCAAUUCUGAAGGUACCCCAACUACCAAUACAACUACUAAUACUACAAUUGGUGAGUGCCCAAAUUCAUCAAUUGGGGCUCGGUUCAUUGGCGCCAAGAAGAGGAAAUCGGGUUCAGUUAAGAGGUUUAAGCAAGAUGCGCCUUCUCAUGAUAAUGAUUUGGAGCACUGCAAAAGGGAUGCUGCUUUGGUUGAAACCGUUACAAACUCGUUGGAGGAUGACGUGAGUGUGCAUUUGAAUGAAACUAUGAGUCUUAAGAAUGGGGAGAUUGAUGCCUGUACGCGAAAUAUUGACAAGGUUUUAGAUCCGUGCCAUAAGUCUGGGCAGCCAAUGAUCACGAAGAUUUUGAAGGCUAUCAGUUACAAUACUUCUACGACGAACAAUGUACAAGAUGUCUCGGUGUUGUUCAAUGUUUUGAGAACUGACGGAAAAGACGAAGUGGUUGAUAACAAGUAUUUAAGGGCAAACUAUCCCCUUUUGUUGAUCAGCUAUUAUGAGGAACGGCUCCGUUACAGUGCAACUUAAAGGUGAAUUUCUAUGCCCGAUUUUGAUGCCGGCUGAUAUUUCUCUCAUUCAAGUGGCCAAAUGAUAUAUGACUGGCAUUGUUGACCUAGAAUGUAUGAUGCAUGGAUGGGAAUGACUAUGGACAUGGCUGGCUACACCAUCAGUUUUUUGCUGAGAUUUUACAUAGGUUUUUGAGAUUUUACAUAGGUUUUUGAAGUAUCUGACGUGGAUACACUCACAAUAUAUAGGUUUUUGAAGUAUCUGACAUGGACACCCUCACCAUUUUGAAGCAUCCGGACAAUUGUACAUUAAGCUGUUGUUCCUUUGUAUCUAAAAUCAUUGCCUACAGCUUUGGCUUGGUGUUUGGGUUGGU